GUGCAGCCGCCGAUGACGCAUUCGAGUGAAUUUUCUUAAGCAUCAUACACACAUACAUAUGUAUGUACAUCUUUGCAAUAGAAUAAAAUAAAACUAUUGUUUUAACAUUUAUAGAACUUAAGAUACAGAAGUGAUUAUUCGAAAAUGUAAAAUGUGAAAGAAGAUCAAAACUUUUUUCAAAAGUGUGGUAGGGGCAGCUUUGGGAGGGUUGGAAGUGGACAGUCGCACAUAACCAGAUCGACACGGCUGGUGUCUUCCAUGAAGAACAUACAUAUGUAUAUACUUAAGUACCCUCUAAAGCUUUAGCUGUAAAAUACUUCUUAAAGAUAUGAGUAAAAAGCAUCAUGAUAUUAUAGUCCAGAUAACAUGAAUGCGUCCCACAGAAGCAUGGGUAGCUUGGGUAGCCAUUAUCAUUAUCAACUAAAAGAUUCAAUCAACAUGGCAAUUAACCUAAUUGAAAUACACUCGUUCGUUAUUUUGGUGAUUUGUUAUUUAGUUCAGUGAAACAUGACAAAGAGAACGAAUGGGCACAAGGAAUCAAAAGCUUCUGUUUUUCCUGCACUUUCAACGCUACUUGGGCCUUACAAACUUGGACUUCUCAGAAUCGCUGCAUAUUUACUGGCUCCAUGGUACUUGGACUUCAGCUGCGACUCAAAUUUUGGUAGUUGGUGCUUUUAUGGCCGCUUUGUUGGGACCACUCGCCGAAUGCAUUUACUACAUGGAUACUAAAUCGCAAAGUGGAAACACCUUUGACAAUGCUGUGAUUCUGACCACCUCGGUCAGUCAAUUGCUAGCCAAUUUUUGGAUGCGCUCGCAGCAGGAAUCGCAAGUGAAUCUGCUGCAACGACUUUCGCAGGUGGUGGGGUUCUUGCAAUUUGAGCCUUAUAUUGUGCCACAGAUCCGUUGGUUUUACCACAUUUGGCUAUGGGUUUGCCUUAUCUACGGAGUCAUGGUGACGCAUUUCGGCAUACAUUGGUUGAAAAAUAUGCAGUUGAGCCGUGCCCUAACUUUGCUGGGAUUUGUAUCUCGGUGCAUUUUGGCGAACUUUCAAUUCACCUGUUAUACCGGCAUGGUGUUGGUCCUGAAAAAACUGCUUCAAGUCCAGGUCAAGCAACUGGAGCAGCUGGUGUCCACCAACUCCAUUUCAAUGGCUGAAGUGUCCGGCUAUUUAAGAAGCCACGAUGAAAUCCUGCUAUUGGGUCAAAGAGAACUGAUUGCCGUUUAUGGUGGAGUCCUACUUUUUCUCUUCAUAUACCAGGUCAUGCAGUGCAUAUUAAUAUUUUACGUCAGCAACCUAGACGGGUUUCAUUCAAGCAUUGACCUGGUUCUCAUUUUCUGUUGGCUGGCACCGAUGCUUUUCUAUCUCAUCCUACCCUUACUCGUUAACGACAUACACAAUCAGGCAAAUAAAACAGCAAAGAUUUUGGCAAAAGUACCUAGAACCGGAACUGGGUUGGAUAGAAUGAUUGAAAAAUUCUUACUUAAGAACAUUCGACAGCAGCCCAUUCUAACCGCUUAUGGAUUUUUCACUCUGGAUAAAAGUACAUUGUUUAAGCUAUUUACGGCAAUUUUUACGUAUAUGGUUAUUUUGGUCCAAUUUAAAGAGAUGGAGAAUUCUACAAAGUCUAUUAAUAAAUUUUGA